GGCAUCACAUGGCCAUGGAGGUCAUCACUAUGAUCAAAAAAAUUAUGGCCCUGAAAGCCUCGAGCAACCAGUGCCCAUCACAGUGCACAAGGAGGUGUAGUAAGACCCGGUACCAUAAGCCAUGCAUGUUCUUCUGUCAGAAAUGCUGCAAGAAAUGCCUGUAUGUGCCCCCGGGGUAUUAUGGGAACAAAGCUGCUUGCCCUUGCUACAACAACUGGAAGACCAAGGAAGGAGGACCCAAGUGCCCUUGAACCUUGAAAUUUUACCUUACUGGCUUACUAUA